AUGUUCCUACAGCCACAGAGACCACAACCGGCGCGGUCGGGAGUAGGCUCCUUGACAUUCGGUCGCAAGAACAGCAGCGUCGCAUCCUUCACCUCGAGCAGCAACGAUGGCUACGAUGCCGAAGGGUCUGGCAGCGCCAGCAUGCGUCAGAGCCAGAGCUUGAGUCAGAGCGGCUCAUCGCGUGGCCACACGCGCAACGACUUUGAUCCUCCAUCGAAUCGCUCAACGCAGCUCAGCGCCUCGAGCGAUGCUGACUACGCCAAGCCGACCACACAACGCAAACGUGCCGACUCCAAGGGCGCCAAGGACGCCUCCGCUCCGCCCAAGUCGAGCGGCGUGGGCACCCUGCGAGGCCUCGGACGCAGGUUGUUCAACCGCUCCAGCUCAAACCUCAAGGCCGCACCCAUCCUCACCUCCCGAUCCCAGUCCGCCUCGUCGUCCAGCACGGGCGCCCAGUCGCCACCGCUCACCCCAACCACACCGCCCCACGUCCAGCCGGUUUGGCUCGCAAACGGCCAAAAGGACUUCUUCUCCAACUUUUCCAAUCUCCCGUCCAACGUCAACCUCGCUCAGCACGAACAACUUCGCACGCCAGCCGACAGCUACGCCGGCGUGAGCCCCAAAUCGAAGCAGGGCGCUUUCAAUGAUGCCCCUGCGCGCGAUCACACCUUCGACUCUGGCUCCAGUCAGGGCCACGCCUCGAGCAGCAUCCACUCGCAUUCCAGCGCGUUUGCCCUGCCCGCGCUGCCAAGCGCAGUGGCAAGCCCGGCUGGGUUCGGCAGCCAGCUGAGCCGUCGCGAGAUCCCCGCUGUCAUCGAAGAGGAGGCCGAUUCAGACUUCCUUCGCGCCGUGCUCAACUUUGGCGAUGGCGACACCGACAUGCAAAUGCAAACGCCUUCCUUCCGUGGCGGAAGAGCCGCGCCUCUGCCGACACGUUCGAGCUCGCUCGGUCAGAUCGCAGGUGCUACAUCGAGCCCUUCCAGCUUCACGCUCUCGUCGCCAGCGCCACCACCUCCGCGCCGCACAUCCGAUGGGCGCGUAAUCCUGACGCAGGAUGCUGCGCGAACGUUCGCAAACGACAAACCAGCACCAGCCUACGUGGUCGUUCAUCGCAAGUACCGCAGGGGCCUCUUUGGCAACGACUCCGAGUCCGAAGACGAGUACGGCGACGACGACGAAGAGCGAGCCGACCAUGCACCCAUGCCCGCAUCUCCCGCGCCCGAGGCAGCAAACACGGCUUCUCAAGGCCUCAAUGCUGCACGCUAUCCGUCCUCGUUCGCAAAGGCGCGCACAAUGUCACCGAGCAACGACCCGGACGAGAGCUCCAACACAAUCUCGGUCAGACCCGCGGGGCUCGACAGCGCGGCCAAGAAGGCCUUAUACAAUUGCACGCUACUCAAAGUGCACGCACAUCUCGCGUCUACACUGGCAGGAGACGCCGAGGCGCGCGCGCAGAUCCCGGUCAUCGCGGCGGGUGAGGUCUUGUACGCCAACGACGACCUCCGAUUCCCACGCUCCAUAAACGAUGCGUUCAAGCUGCGCGGCCACUCUAGCACGCAUGCCUUUUCGCGCAGCCUGCACGUGGCGCUCGCGCGCACCGAGGUGAUGCGCAAGCUGCGCCGCGACAAGCUGCGCAUCGAGGACGAGGUGGAGAUCUCGUGGUUCCAGCGCAAAUACGGCAGCGCCGGCAUCGCGCCCGAGCUGAUCGCCAAGGCGCUGCGCCAGCGCCAGAUGGUGAGCCCCGAGGCGCUCGCCAAGCCGCCCAUCGCUGCACCGCACGACUCGGCUUCGGGCGGGCUCGACGGUCUCGCCGCCAGUCGCCGCCUGAGUGGCAUCGUGAGCCUCGAGCCGGGCCAAAAGGUGCACGCGCAGGGCGACAAAAACGGCAUCAUCGCCUGGGCGCACCGACCGAGCUACCUCGCGCGCACCGCCGUCUGGCUGCCUGCCGACGAGUUUGCGCCGGGCGAGCUGGUGGUGGCCCCGACCGCCCAGCAUGCUGUGCAGGAGGUUCCUGCAUCCGCACGACGUGGAUCGGCCUGGGGGAGCUCGGCGGUGUCGUAUUCGCCGAGGAUCCGCGUGCUGGCGGGGCUGCCGUCGGUGCAGGAGGAGAGGCGGCUCAAGUACCCGCCGACGCGCAAGUUCCGACCGCGCGACAUGCAGUCCAAGCACGCAUCGCGCAUGAUGUCCGCGAGCGAUUCGGCGGUGUGGGAGGGGCCGAACCGACGCAGCUCCAGCCGGCCCUCGCGAGAGUCGCCGCUCGCAUCGCCGUCGGGCAAACCCAAGCGGCUGCCGCCGUGGAUGGCGCCACGCGCGCCGCAGCUGCUUUCGCCGCGGUCGCCUACAUCGCCGUCGCACGACGCAAGGUCGGUCUCAGAGGGCGCACCUGCGUUCAGCACGCUUCAUGCGAAUGGGAGUGCAGUCUCGAUUCCGGAGGUGAGCGAGGCGGCGGAGCGCGGAGCCGAUAGCAGCGACGAAGAGGUGCCGCUGGCGCAGCUGCAGCUCUUCCGCGCGCACCGCGCAGCAGAGAAGGAGCGCAUCCAGCAGCUCGAGCGCGAGGUGGCGACGCUGCGGCUCAAGGAGCAGACGCGCAAGCGCGAGGAGGAGGACAGGAAGGCAAGGGAGGAAGAGGCGAGGCGCUUGGAGGCGGAGCGCGCGUACGAGGAGCGCAAGGCAGCCGCCGAGGCCAGGAGGCUCGAGAAGAACCGCAAGAUCCUCCAGGAGGCGCGCGACCGACGCGGCUUUACGCGUCAAUCCGUGUUGCUGGCCGAGCCCAACUACGGCGCGGGCAAUCCGCUGCUGGGACAGCACCGACCCGGGCUCAAGCAGGUGGUGACGAGCUCGCCGAGUUCGCCGGUGCUGGCGGGCGAGGCAUCGAGCACUGUGGGAAGGGCGGUGCAGCACGAUGCGGCGCUGGCCAAGCUGCAGGGGACGGCGGGUGCGGGUGCGCCACGCUCGCCGUCGAUGCUGUAUGCGCAGCACGAGGCACAGCGGCGCUCGAGGAGCUCGGUGGCGGCGGUGGAGUCGGUGGUGUCGCCCGUGGCGAGCCCGCGCGUGCGAGCGUCGCCGUCCGCGUCGCCGCUGAUGGACGUGCACAGGCAGAGCUCGAUGGCUUCGCUCGUGCCGCCGUCGGCGAUCCCGCACCAGCGCAGCAUGGGCGCGCUGCCCGUGUCGCCGCAGAUCACGCAGCGCAGAGCGUCGCUGCUGCCGCCGACUGAGCUGCACCACGCCACGUCGAUGCAGCAGCUGCCCAUGGCAUCGCCCAUGGCGUCGCCCAUGAUGGCCGCGAGCCAGUCGGCGUUCCUGCGACCGGAUCCGCGCCACUCGAUGAGCAUGACGAGCUUGCAUGCGCAUGCCUACAUGCAGGCGCAGCAGAUGCAACAGGCCCAGCACAUGAUGCAUCCGCAGGCGCACAUGCAUGCUGUCCAAAGACCCGGUGCGGCGCAGACGGUCAAGGUGAGCUCGCGCACGCGCGCGCCCAUGCCGCCACUCGUGUCGCUGUACGGCGACGUGGUGCCGUCGAGUGCGACGCAGCGACGCAGCUAG